GAAGGAUAUUAAGGACGCCCCAAGCUCAAGGCGGCCGUCGUCUACAUGUGUAGGGCGAGAUGACGCACUACCUACAACAUCUUGCAUAGUUGGCAAGGUCACAGAACAUUACGAGAACAUAUACCAUUUAGCGCCACAGCCUCGCAUAUUUACCUUCCUCUCUCCACGCAUCAUCUCCAUCGCCUCGCGACACAAUGAAGCUGUUCCACCUUCCAUUACUUGUCGCACCGCUGUCCUGCGCUCUCUUCGUUCCAGCAUCGCAUCAGGUAGCACUUGUCGACUCACACCACCAUGCCGAACGCGAAAAAGUUCCCGGCGACAAUCCAGCAUAUUACACUCGUGAAAAAGCAGCCGAUCAGCUCUUCGAGAUAGAUGAGUUCACUGUGUCUCCGAACCCAGUGGUUUCAGACCACCGCGUUUUCUUUUACCUCCGUGGCGAUACAGGAACCCGUGAUCUACCGGGCCUUGCCGACGCUACGCUUGAGCUUUGGGCUCAGGAAACCAGUCGCGAAGACAAGCCUGAGUACACGAUUAAGAAGAAGCUCUCUGAUUUCAAACCGUUCACGGUGAGGAACGAAGACGACUACACCUAUGGCGGUCCGCUUAUCAAAGGAUCCAAUGAGAUUGUGGGCGACUUGUGGGUACUAGCUUGGGACCCAGAAGGACAUGGGACUGUGGACUUGGAUAUUGAAGCGGUAGCUAGGCUGCCGGAUGACAGAAUCUUGUUUGCUUUUGAGGCUAGCGUGUCAUACGAGGUCUAGUAAGGAUGGAUUGAUGGGGCCAAGUAUGUCGCCUGGUGGGGGUCUAAUACGUCCAAAUGAUUUUGUCAGGGUUCUUUAUACAGCCUUUUCGUUUCCUCGUGUCUAUUUUUGUUUCCUGUCCCUUAGUGUAUCUAGUUAAACUUCGUAAGAGCGUAAAAAACAUGGUUUAUAUG